AUGAACCUCAAAUGGGUGAAAAUUCCACUACGUCAAAUGGUGGGCACCAUGCCACCUAUAUUGCCAGGAAGUUCAUUUACCCUACAUACGGGGAAUUUGAACAACUAUUUAGAGCUAGUCACUCGUCGUCACAGGAAUUCCUCUGCCGAAAUCUCAGCAGCAUGCAAACAUUUGGCUAGCACGAAAAUUGUAUUUCGGAUGACUGAAAGUGUAUUUUCUCCGACCACAGAAGUUUUACAGCAUACGGAAACUGAUGUGAAAACAACAUUAAAGAUCUGCCUCACAUCAUUUUCUGCUGAAGAUGUGCGAGAAGCUGUUCGGGUAACAUUAGAAACGCUUCAAUUGGGCACACUUUCACAGCUGAUAGUAUCCUUUCCGUAUGACGAAUCAGCGGAUUUAUCAGACGAAGUUUGGCUAGAAAAGGUUAGUCCUAUAUGGGCGGCUGUAGAGGAGCUUGUAGAGAAAGAUAUUGUCCAUUCAAUAGGUGUAUCCGAUCUUGACGUCGAUAGGUUGCGAUUAUUACGUGAUGCUUCAAAAGAACAUCCACCAACAAUAAAUCACUACAGCAUCGAUGGCUGUUGUGCAGUUCCAUCCGAGCUGGUAGAGUAUGCAAAAAGUCAUGAUAUCCAACUUUUAACCCAUAACGAUCCUAGGAGUUUCAGUCUUGAUGCAGAUGUGUUGGAUUCUACUGACAAAAUUACGGGUCUUGGAACAAACCUAACGAACAAAUGGGCCGCAAGGUACACAAUUUGGAUUCGAAGUCGCUCCGUGAUGGCAGCAAAAGGAUAUUUUGUUCACUUUGUUAGAAAUUAA